GGCCUGGUGCAUUAUGGGUCAGUGGAGGCCUGUGUCUAACCUGAGAGUUCAGGUAUCUCGACACCCUCCUGUAGUUGUGUUCUUCCUCAGUCUGCUAAUCCUCUCCAUAACUUUCAUCUGCAUUGGACUUUACUCUCAGGAUCACGACAUCAGGAACCCUGACAUAAGUGUAGACUGGGACCGGGUUCUGGGGUCUGUCGCUGGUUUUAAGUUCUGCACACAUCUGAAUGACACAGAUGCACCGCUGGAGGAAGACUCUCCCCGAAUGGUGGAGCAUUCAGAUAGGACAAAUAUUUCCACGAGGAGUGCUCAUGUUUCCUUUCUGGUGCCUCUGGCAUUUAUAGGGGACGUCCCAGAUAAUACUGCCAUUAGUGCCACAAUGUUGGGCAGCCAGCUGGGCAUGAAAGGGGCUGCAGCGAAAGCAUCCGUCAAUAUAUCUCUGCUCCUGCACACUGACAUUUCCAACGAUCAAACUCCUGCUGGGACGCAGACCAGUCGACCCCUGACCUGUCUUCAUUUCACUGCCCUGACCCAUGUUCUCCCCCAAACACCAUCACCUCCAGAAUGCCCAGUCGCAGAGAACGAAGACAAGAGCGCCGCACCUGUCAGAGCUGUUGCUGUAGAAACAUACAAGCACAAUUCUCCACACUGCUUCAGUCUGGAGUUCACACCAGAUCCACACCUGACGGUCCUGCUCACUAAGGAUGAAAAAGCCUUGUGUAGGCAUCACCUGUUGCUGGUAAGUGUUGUACUGCUGGUUAUCUAUCCUCAUGAGUCUCUGUGGAACUUUUCCUUCACGUUCACCACGUUCUUACCAGGGGAAUGACCUUCAGAAGGAAUCGCUGCUGAGCCGAUGAGAAACAUCUGCAGAACAUCCACAUUUGAGAGUGAAUUGGCACCACGUGACAUCAGAAAGAAAUUAGCAUUUGGGUAUUCAAAAGUAAUUUUUCAUUUUCAACAUGUUGGUCUUGUACAACUAAGAAAUGGCAGCCGGUUAUUCAGGCUGCAUGCAAUUUCAUUCAGAAUAGAUCUAAAUGUGACUUUAUUUCAUGUUUGGUUGCAAUACUAUGCUAUGACAUGUGAGUGUUAACAAUCCCAAUAUAACCUGAGAUUGACGGUUAUAAUAUAACUAUACUCCAAGAGUAAGUUAGAUGAUUGAAAGCUUUGUCUUGAUGUCCCACGAAUGAAUAUAUUUAAU